UUGUGAAAGAAAACUGAUUUUUUUGUUUGGGUACUGACUAAAGUCAAAUUUUUAUUGGUUGGGGGAAGUGUACGUUAAUUAUCCGGGAAAAUUUGUGAUAACUGCCAAAAUAUUUUGAUCGUAGAUGUUGGCAACCGUGUAUUUUGGUGUUUACAUUCGAGUUUGUUAUUUGGCGUGUUGGGUGUAUGCGUUGGGUGUAUGCUUACGUUUUCUAUAGUAUAUGGAUUGCAACGUGUCAUAUUUUUACCAUGUUGAGCGUAUCAAUGGUUUUAUUUUACUUACUUAGCUCAUGGAAGCAUCCUUUUUGGAUAAUAGUGAUUAUUCUGUCUUGCUUAAAGACACUUUUCAUUCCAGCAUACCGGUCUACCGACUUCGAGGUGCAUCGGAACUGGCUGGCGGUCACGCACAGCCUCCCGGUGUCCCAGUGGUACCAGGACGCGACCUCGGAGUGGACGCUCGACUACCCACCGCUGUUCGCGUGGUUCGAGUGGACCCUCUCCCAGGUUGCUCGGUUCUUCGACCCGGAGAUGCUGAAAGUCAGCAAUCUGAACUACGCCUCGCCUCAGACGAUCUACUUCCAGCGCUUGUCGGUGAUUGUCGCAGACUUGCUGUUUGCGUAUGGGACCAAAGAGUGUGUGUCGUGUGUGGGCGGCCCGAAGUCCUGGCGGGGGGGCAGGGAGGGAGUCGCGUGGGGCUCCGCGCCGGUGGUUACGUCACUGCUGCUGCUCGGCAACGCGGGACUCCUGAUGGUGGACCACGUUCACUUCCAGUACAACGGCUACCUGCUCGGCUUCCUGCUGCUGUCGGUCGCCAGGAUGUUCCAGGGUCGCUGCCUGGAAGGAGCAUUUUGGUUUGCCAUCCUCUUGAACCACAAACACAUCUUCAUGUACGUCGCUCCCGCCUACUUCGUGUACUUGCUGCGCAGUUAUUGCUUCAGUGACCCCCAGCGCUGGAGGUCGUUCUCGCCCGGAAGAUUGGCACGCCUGGCUCUUGUAGUUUUGUCCGUGUGUCUGGUCUCGUUUGGACCCUUCAUCGCUUUGGGACAACUGGGACAGGUGCUCACCAGACUGUUUCCCUUCAAGAGAGGCCUGUGCCACGCCUACUGGGCGCCCAACGCCUGGGCCCUGUACAACGCAGCGGACAAGAUGGGCGCCGUGAUCGGGGCGCGGCUGGGCCACGACGCUCGGCGGCCGUCCGCGGUGAUGACCGGCGGGCUGGUGCAGGAGUACCAACACGCCGUCCUUCCCAGCGUGACGCCCGGCACCACCUUCCUGCUGACGGCUCUCUCCGUCCUGCCGGCUGUGAUAAAGCUGUGGCGGUCUCCUGCCAACCCGCAGCACUUUGUGCGCUGCAUGGUGCUGUGUGCGUGCAGCGCAUUCAUGUUUGGUUGGCACGUCCACGAGAAGGCAGUGCUCCUGGUCAUCAUCCCUCUCACAAUUUUGGCGGCGCUGUGGAAGGAUGAAGCAAGGCUGUACCUGUUUAUAUCUACGGUGGGACAUUAUUCUCUUUUCCCUCUCCUCUUCACUCCGUUUGAAAUUCCCGUCAAACUCUUGGUUCUCGUCGUCCAUUCCUCGUAUGCGUUCCUCGGUUUGUCGGCGCUUCACGCCACGGGCGGGAAGCCUUCUGCUCCCCUGCUCUCGCGCCCGGAGCGCGCGUACCUCGCGGGCCUCGUCCCGUUGUUCCUGUUCGACGUCGCGGUCCAUCCGCUUUCCGUGCUGGGCGCGAGGCUCCCGUUCCUCUCGCUGAUGCUCACGUCAGUUUACUGUGCCGUGGGGGUCGCGUACUUCUGGCUGGCCUAUUACUGGCGCUUCCUGACGCUUCCGGCGGGGGUGGACGAGAGUAAAUACAAGAACAAGAUUAGUUAGUGAUCCACUGUCACAUUGUGUCUGGUGAAUUUCACAAGACAGCAAAAAAUGUUUCCUCUAUUCUGGUCUCCCUUGUCUCCCUUGCAGCAUUUUGAAAUUACUUAGUUUAUCUUGAUCUCUCUUACCUAGUCAGCCAACUCUCGACUUGUAAUGAUUAACUGUGAGUAGAGAGAAAAAUUUUUAUGGAUUUUUUUUUUUAUAAAUGAUGUUUAUUCAUGAAGAUAGUGUAUAUUAUUUGACGAAUAUGGCACCAAAAUGUUUUCUGAAAUUUUUUUUCACCAAAAAUAAUGUUAUUUUCUGUGCUGAAUUACAUAUUUAUAUCAUAUAAAUUAUUUGUAAUGAGCAUAACUGUAACAGAUUUACUGAUAACAAAAAAAAAAUAUGUUAAACUUUGGUGCAUUCGAAAAAUGUACAAAGGCCAGUGAUGUAUAAAUGAGUAAGAGACAAAUGAUUAAAAAAAGUACAAAUAAAUUUUUUUUUCUAUGCCACCCUAACAAAAUACAUAUUUCUUUGUGCCAUAUCCAUAUGACAUGAAUUCAUUUUAACGGUUUUUAAUGAAAACCAGGCAACUUCUUGGUUUUAAGUGCACAUUUAAAAUCUGCAUCGGAACAAUAGCUGAGAAAUGAAAAUUUUCUAUGUUAUGUUAACAAAGUUGUCAAAUGGAGCAAUAAAACUUGUCAUUGGCAAUGAAGUUAAACACAAGAAAAAUAUUUUAAUGUUCACAAUUAGUUUGGUCUUUAUAAACAACAAACAUUAUGCCCGUAAACUAAUAACUAUUUAUAUUGAAAUGGACAAUUAUAAAUUAAAAUAAGGUUCUUGUAUUUUUUUUAAAAGUGCACUGUGGGAGAUUUUUUUCAGUAUGAGAGUUGCAGAUAUCGUGCAUGUAAGCAAACAGCACGUAGAAGUGUUGCUUAGAAAUCUUUGAACUCAUCUGCGUACUCCUCAUUAUCGGAGACCACCAGGUCUUCCUCUUCGUAACGGUCGAAGUUGCUGUGUUCGGUCACGGCCUUCGCCCUCGGGACGUAGGAAGGUUUCACUCUCUGGUUCAGCACGUCCGUCCAGCUGAUCUGCGUGAACCACUUGUGGUUCUUGAUGUCGUCCGCCCCGUUCCGCAUGCAGCCGUACCGCCUGGUGAUGUCCGCCUGGAGCAGGCCCUUCACGAGGUCCCGGAGCUCCGGGCUGAACGUCGAGGGCGUGCAGUACCUAAAACAGACCCACGCAGCGGUUCGAGGGAAGGAACCCACUUCGAAACACUCCUUCGAUAUCUCUCUUCCCCGCUUUCAACUAAUCCGAGUCAUACUAUCUUUGAAAGAUUUGUGCAAUGGGUGUUUUUUUUUUUUUGUGUUCGGUAUUUUUGUGCUGUCAUCAUUUGUGUUUUUUUUUGUUUCGUUCUGUAAGUCCAUUUUUCUUUGUUUUUAUUUGUUUGUUGACCAUAUUCCUGUUGUGGAGUAUUGUGUGGCGUUAAAUCCUGACAACAGCAAUUUUUUGCUUAAUUUGUAUUUUUUUUUUUUUCAUUUGUAGUUUUCUUCUAUAGACAUACAUGUGCUAAGCAAUGGCGCAUGUCCAAAAGCUUAAAUUUAAUCUGAGUCAAUCAUACUCUACAUUAUAAAUUUUAUAACAAUCGCUAGGUUUCAGAAUUUUGUACUGGAAUGAUUUAAGUAGCUUCAGUUUAUAUCUUCAUGCAGUUACAGAUAUGACCUUUGUGAACAGUUAACACACAUAUAAUAAAAUUUUCCUCUGUUAAAGUUUCCACCUUAAUGGUUAUUGAUGCCCAUCCUUUCAGAUCAAUUUUUUUUUUGUUAUGAUAAAUUUCAUGAUAGUUACACUAGAAUAGAAUGGUUGCUUAAAAAAAAAAUUGAAAUUUUGAAAAACUAGAAUCUAUGCCCUGUUGAGCCACAAAAUGUUACGUCAUGUUUGUACUCUUAUCUGCGAGCCAAUAAUUUGAAAAAUAUUCAUCGUAACUGGGUGUGCUUCACACACCGUGUUAGGUUUUUAGUUUAGUGCUGAUUCCAGAACUUGGUGAAAAUCAUUGUUUAAAAAAUGGGACGAGAGAAGUAAAGGUGUGUGCAGUACGCACCCAGCUGCGACGAUGCAGAUAAUUAUUUUAUGGCGAGAGGCGAUGACAUUGUUAGUCGGACAAACAAGUUCAUUUAUGACAUUUGCGUGAUCUUUUAAAAAAAAAAAAAUUAAGCUAAUGCUGGGCUCACAACUAAGAAGCACACGACCAUUUCCCAAAUGGGUUCACAAUUAAAAUCUCUUAGCUACCAAAUGAUUAGAGAUGGAGAGGGAUAUAUAUAUCACAGUGUGUAGUCUGUUCUUGGAAAGACCGUUACUGACAAAGAAUUGACCAGAGUUACUUGGCAAAGCCAAAAUAUCAGAAGACCUAUAAAUUAAUAGUUUCACCUUAUAAAUGCGAAAGUAUCUCCUUUAUUUCUUAAACAGCAAACCAGUUCCAUGCCUCUGUUGGAAUGUAAGAGGGCAUACAGCAAAAUAUUAGGCAAUGCAUCUGAAAACUAUGGUGGAGCUUCUUUGCCCGCUUUCUAUUCCAACCCCUUGUUUGGAUAGCCAUGCAUCGAGUUAGCCCGAAGGACACUGUGCAUUUCUUUAUCAUUGACCAUAAUAAAAAUUAUUCAUGCAAUUAACGUGAAAAUCUCUAUAGAGAAGAGUAGAAGACUUACUUGACAGUUUUUGAUUGUUCGUUAAUCUGAUGGUGACAAUACACCGUUCUUGCAAUCCUUUUUACGUGUUUUCUUGAAACAACUCCAGAAAAAUUCUGCAAUUGUUUCUUUACCAACCCUCUUGGAUUAAAAAUAGUUAUAUCGUUUGUCUUAAAAAAAUGUUUUGUUACAUCUUCGACCUUCAUGCUGGUGGAAUUGGGAAACAGCUUAUUGGAAGUUUAUACUCGCCCAACUAAUCCCAACUAGUCUGGAAGUGUAUCUACAUACAGUCCAGUGGUUACCGACCAGACUGGUUGUCGAGGCCGGAUUUAUAAACUACGCAGAGAACAUGGUGCGAGAGCUCGCGACAAACCAUUGUCAUUUAUAAGGCGUGAGAGUGGCGAGACGUCACCGGCAAAAUUUCUUCCUCUGACUUCUUUUACUAUUCUUAAUUUUAACACGUAAAAAAAAUCUUUAGCCUUCUGUACACGCAUCUGCAGAAUUUAAAGUUUUUUUUUAACACUUAACUUUAACUAUGGAUAGCGGAAACGCAAGCCGAAACAGAGAGAGAGAGAGAGAGCUUGCGUCGUGUUGCGAAUUUGUAAACGAGUAUUUGUGAAACUCGUUAAUUGACAUUUUUCGUUUCUCGAGUAGUUGGCUAACCCGGCCCGAGCCCCCGAACGUGAAGAAGCGAAGAGGCGACCUGCAGCGGAUGAUGUUGUCGUUCUGCCGGGCGUGGCUCUUGUCCUGGAAUGGCGUGAAGCCGGCGCACAUCUCGAACAGCAGCACGCCGAGGGACCACCAGUCGACGGAGUGGCGGUAGCCCCGGCAUGCCACCACCUCGGGCGCGAAGUACUCGGGCGUGCCACACACGGUCCAGGCGCGGCCGCUCAGCGGCCUGGCCGAGCCGAAGUCGGCGAGCCUGAGGUAGCCGCCCGCGUCCACCAGCACGUUCUCCAGCUUGAGGUCCCGGUGCACCAGCCCCAGGCGGUGCAGAAACUCCAGGGCGAGCAGCACCUGCGUAGUCGCCGCGGUCCGUCGAGGACUGUCUCCUGGCUCUAAUGUUCCACUCUUACAAACUAACACGUGCAACUAUAUUAGCAUUCUAGCUACACAUAAAAUAAUAUUUGGGUAAAGUAUCGACGGGUAGGUUAACGUUUAUCAAAAUGAACAAAUUCCUUCUCGUACAGACAAACUGACUGUUCUUUGGUGGCACUAAUUUUGCAGACCAACGAGUUUAACUGGAAGACUUGUGUCAAUGAAUAUCUGGUGGUUCUAAUGUUUCACUCUUACAAAUUAACACAUGCACUUAUUUUAGCAUUCAUAGUUUACAUAAAAUAAUAUUCGGUAAAAUUAUGACUGGAAGGUUAACAUUUAUUAAAAUGAACAAAUUCCUACUCGUACAGACAAACUGACUGUUCUCUGGACGUGUGGUCUGGUGGCUCUAAUUUUGAACUCUUACAAAUUAACACAUUCAACUAUUUUAGCAUUCGUACUUUACAUAAAAUAAUAUUUGGGUAAAGUUACAACGGGAAGGUUAACGUUUAUUGAAAUGGACAAAUUCCUUCUCGUACAGACAAACUGACUGUUCUCUGGACGUGUGGUCUGGUGGCUCUUAUUUUGUACUCUUACAAAUUAACACAUGCACUUAUUUUAGCAUUCUUGCUAUACAUAAAAUAAUAUGUAUUGGGUAAAAUUAUGACGGGAACGUUAACAUUUAUAAAAAUGAACAAAUUCCUUCUCGUACAGGCCAAACUGACUAACAAAACGUCUUCUAAACAAGCGCGGUAGUCAACAUGCAGUGUAGUUGUGAGAUAAAGGUAACCUCAUCAGCCCAAAACGUGAAAUCUCGAAAGUUUGUUUGCGAAUGGCACUGUUGUUGCCCAACCAGCUACUUUUUGCCCAAGUAUCAACGCUGGCUAUACCUGCAAUAUCAUUCUUCCAUGCUCGGAAGAUACCUAAACUAUGUGCUUGUAUUUCUGUUUCAACUGGAUACACGGUUGCACUUACUAUGUAUGUCUACUGUUGACUUUUUAUGAAAACUGAUCCUAAGAUUUUGAAUGUUCUCGCCUCAAGCUGUAAACAUGUGAAUUCCUCAAGCUUCCGGGCAUAUGUGUUGUGCAAAAGGUUAAAUUAUAUGCAGUCGUAGAAUUCAUUAUAACUCUUGAUUUUAUUACAGAACUCCAACCUCUUCGAACCCAGUGAAUUGAUGUAACAAAUGCUAUCACCUCCCCUUCCAUACAAACAUAUAAAGGAUACAGCACGGCUGUAUCACUUCAUCGCUCAAUAUUUAAUGUGAGAAACUGCGGCUGACGUAAUAUCUGUUCAUUAUGUUACCAUUUAAAAAAAAAAAUCAAUUAUAUAUUUAUUGGAUUAGUUUCUGUAAAUAGUAAGUCAGCAAGCCACAAGAAAGCUUUGUGAAGUUUUUGAUAGUGGAUACAGACAUUCCUGUCCUAUGCGUGUGGCGAACAUUGGCUUACACAUUUUGUCACCUGUCACAUAAAGCACAUGUUAACAAUGUCAUAUUUAUUUGAUUACAAA